AUGCUGUCGCUACUGCUGCCAGCGCUCGCUUCCGUGAAUGUGAACCUCGCCAUUCUCACCUAUCAGUCGGACGCGCGCUUCACGUCGGCCGAAACUUGCGUCGCCGAGUGGGUCAACGGCACGUGCUGGCUUGCAGAGCCGAUGCAGGCGGUCGUCGCGGCCGCCUUGACGGCAGUGACGGACUUCAACGCGCGAGACGCUGUUGCGCUGCCCGUGCUUGGGUCCUUGGGAGCGUGCGACAAGCAGCUCCAGUUUCGGCUGCUCGACAGCGGCGGCACAGCUGCCAAGUCGGUCCGAGCGCUGGGAGACUUGUCUGGCACAGACGUGGUCAUCGGAGCCGUUCGUAGCACUGUCACCGCCACCACUGCGGCCAUCACCGGUGCGCUCGACAUCCCGCAGAUCUCGUACUGGUCAACCUCUACCGAUCUGCGCGACCCUAUUCUUUUUCCGCGCUUCAUGAGGACCAUCCCCUCGAGCCUAGCUCCCGCGUCAGACCUCUGCUCCUUUUGGAAGGACGAGCUUGGGCUCUCGACUGUGGCGGUGCUCUACAUGCAGACCACGUACGGGCGCGCCUACGAGGAGGCAGCGAAGGACGCGUGUCUUGGCCUCGGGCUAACGUUUCUGUCCAGAGAUAUCCCUGACUUCUUUGAGGGCUCAAGCAGCCAGCAAUCGAUUCGUUCCGCUGUCGCCAGCCUGAGCGAGAGCGGAGCCAAGGCAGUGCUAGUCCUUGCUUCCAAACCAGUGCUCGAAUUUAUCGUAGAAGUUGCGCUCGACACCGGCCUGCUCCGAGCUGGCGUCUCCUGGGUCUUCGCUGACAGCGUCGUGCCGGAGCAAUUGGACGAUUUGAGCGAGAAGGCGCGGGCCGCGCUGAACGGCAGCCUGAGUAUCAAGGCGGUCGGUGCGACCGACGGCAACCUGCAGUGGACCAAGUUCGCAAACGAGCGCUGGGCGACGCUUGAGCCCGGAGACUUCAACCCGUCCUUGCCUGCCGACUGGCAGAUCCGCGGCGACUUCUUCAGCACCGUCGAUCCACACACGAGUACAGUGCUACGCAAUGGCGGUGCGUUUGCUUACGAUGCUAUCAUAGCGGCAGGGCUGCUGGCGUGCGAGGUGGCCCCGAUGGGCAAAGUGCCAGCCUCAUUUGGCACGCAGUUCUGGGCGUCCAAGAAGAGUCUGUCUUUUGAUGGCCUUACUGGGCGCGUGCAGUUCGACGAGAAGGGCGACAGGGGCAAUGCGAACGUUCUCCUGUUCAACCUGCGCGACCAAGGCGGCUUCUCCGAGAAACGCGUAGCGCAGUUCAACAACGGCACGUGCACUUGGGACGGCGGAUCGCGCGAGAGCAGCGGCGUUAUCUUCAACCUCGGAAACAACGGUCUCCCCCCCUAUCUCUUGGUAAUCAUCGGCGUCCUGGCGUCCGUCGGCCUGAUGCUGUGCUUGUGCUGCCUACCCGUCGGCCGGCUUGUACCGCCGCUAUCGCGCAUCGCCGCGUCCCACGGAACGAACCCGUGGACGCUGCUCCGCAGGCGCAUCUCACGGGCCAACAAGGAGCCGGCCGAGGGACCUCCCGACAUCGAGCGGCGCCCGUUUGUCGAGCAGCGCCUGUGGGCCUCGGUGCUGGAGCAGAGGCUGUGGGGGACGGCCGCGCGCGAGGCUGCGCAGCUUCGCGCAUACCUCCACGUGACGCGGAACACGACGCCCUUCAUCGAGGCGUGUGUCGAGAAGCUGCUCUCGAGGGGCGGGACCGCAGCUUGCACUCAGCGCAGCUGCAAUGACGACGGCUGCGAGGCUUCUCCAGACCUCGAGGCGCCGAGACUCCUGCGGACGAUCUCCGCGCCCCUCGUUGAGCAGUCCCGCGCGACGCUGAAGAUGAGGGACCUGCUUCGCUUCUGCCUCAACGAGCAGGGCGCCGGAGGGCGCCAGCUGUGGGAGGAGUGGAAGAUCGCUCUCUGUGAUCUCCGGUCAAAGGAGAGGCACCGCGACGCGUCAGUCCACCGCGACUCUGCCUCGAGGCAAGCGCUGAGGAGCUUGCUCGAUCCUCGCGCGAGGGGGUCGUCCGAGGCAGAGCCCAUCUCGGUGCACGAGUCUGAGCCCAUCUCGGUGCACGAGUUCGCCUCCCUCCUGCUCUCGCCGUGCAACAGCGCCAUCGAGCAGAGGAGCGCGACGGAGGACGCGACCGAGCCGCUCACCAGCUACUGGAUCGCCUCGUCGCACAACAGCUUCCUCGAGGGCGACCAGCUCACCUCCGCCGUGUCUGCCGACAUGUACCGCCGCCUCCUGCUCUCGGGGACUCGCUGCCUCGAGAUCGACUGCUGGGACCCCACCACCUUUGGGCGGUGGUGUGGCCAGGGCCCGCGCGUCACUCACCGCAUGCCGGGCGGGGUCUCUCUCCUCUGCGGAAGCGUAGCCUUCGGCGAGGUGGUCGCUGCGAUCGCCGAGCACGCCUUCACCUCUAGCCCUCUGCCCGUUAUCCUGAGCAUUGAGAUGCACUGCUCGGCGAAGCAGCAGAAGAAGAUCGCCAAGGAGCUCGUGAAUACCCUCGGCGACCUGCUCUCCCGCAGCGAGCACGCCGCGAGCACGCCCCUCCGCGAUCUGCACCGGAAGGCGUCAAGAUGCGGCUAA